UUAUUGCGGCUGCUGGCUGGCAGGAUGAGCACCCUGCGGUGCACCAUUUGCUCGGUAGCGGGGGACAUCCAUGCUCACAAUUCAUGUAGAAAAGUGCAGUUCAUGGGCUUAUACGAGAAAGAGAGGCGAGGGGAAAUUACACUACAGAACAGUAGCAUCGCAGCUGCACACACAAUCUACCGUCGUUCCCUCCCCGUCUGAGUCGUGCAUAGUCAGCUGCGGCUACGUGGCAUCGCCAGUAUAGGGCGGAAAGAGAGCCCUUAAAUUGAAAUUGAGAGAAAGCGAGAGACCGCACUGACCAUGACACGUCCUCUCCUCGCCCGGGGUUCCACGUGGACCCAGUCAUUGACCAAAACAGAUCCCGUGGGCCAGUUCGAAUACUUUCAAAAUACAUCCUUCCCCCCAUAUAUCGUCCACCUCUGCUGUUACGUCAGAUAAGUGAACACUUAAAGGAAGAAAAGAAGGAUGUAUUGUAAUGAUUCGACCGGUGACUCGCUCUCGCCGCUGCGCAGUGCAGAUAUUACCGGGAGGGCUGAACUGUAGAAUCUCCCGCUAUGAAAUCACAACCUCAAUUUACAACACGGCGUUAGCAUGCGUUUCUCUGUCUACUCGUCAAACGGGCCAUCAGGUGCAUCGUUAGAGACUGGCGCUGACAUGUUGGUGACGGGUGUGCUUUCCCUGCUCCUACUCGCGCACCAGUGUGUUUCUGCACCACAGGUGCCCGGAGACCAAAGAGUAGAGUCAGCAGGAGCCCCUCCCCCUCUCACACUGGCCAAUCCCUUUGGCUCUGGAGACGAGGAGCGCAGGCUGCUGCAGAGCUACAUCAAGGCCAACCUGAAGGAGGGACAGGGAGGACCAGAUAGCACCUGGGAACAAGAGGUGUUUUUCCUGUUUAGUCUCCAUGACUAUGACCGCAGCGGUGACAUGGAUGGCCUGGAGAUGAUGAGGCUGCUCUCUGAAUACAACUCCCACAAUAGGCCUGGAGAACAGUCAGCUGAGCCGGUGGUGGACAUGGUAGACUUUCUCCUGCAGACUCAGGAUCUAAACAUGGACGGUCUAAUAGCACCCCCUGAGCUACUCUCUCCCCCCAAACUACAACAACCAGACUCCUACUCCCAGGGUGCACCUGAACAGGGAGGAAGUGUGGCCCAGGAGCAGGUAAAGGUCCAAGUGGAAGUCAAAGUUGAGGAACCAAAACUAGAAAAAGCAGCACAGAAAGAGAAUGUAGAGGAACAGCCCAAGGAAGAAGAGUCAAAGCCAAGAGUUGUGGGACAGGAAGUUCAGACCAAUGAACAUCCUAUACAGGCAGAGGAGAAAGGACUGCAUAUCCCAGAGGCCCCUGCUGCUGAUCAUGAGCAAAAUAGGCCUGCUCCUGUACAUCAGGGGCAGCCUGAAAUGUAAACACACACAAUAACAUGCAAACAGCACUCCAACACUUCCGUCCAGACAAUAGCAGGAGCCCUUUGACUGACAGCAGUUAGCAAAUCACAGCCCCUCAUCUACCUUGGGAGGGGCUCGUUUCUUUCACAUUGAGGGAUUUUUCUUUGGUACUGAAUUAUAAGAUGUCAGCCAUAUUGUUUAAGCUGCUGUUAUUUCACUUCUGAACAAGAUCAAAUGAGAAUAAUUAAGUAUUAAAUGUAUUUUGCCAAAAGAUACCUUACACUGCUGAAGUUGCUUUCUGUUGAAGCUAUGAAAAUGAAGCCAUAUAUUGGAAUGGACAAUCUGAAAAGUGAAUGGACUGCAUGUAUGGACUUGUCAAACGCAAUGCCUUUAAAUGAUACUUGGAGAAAGUAUUCCCCUCUAGUGCAAUACUAAAAUGUUCACUCCCCCUCAUGGAUGCAAAAGGAGUGGUUUGGUUUAAGAAAUUCAGUGGGAAAAGCCCUUUAACUCAUGGAAUUGGGUUCCGUCACAGCAGCUGUUGACUAGAUUCUCCCUUUUCCAGGCCUUUUCACUUAGUGAAAAGGCUAUAAACUGAAGUGCCAUCUGGUGAUUUUGCUGCCUGCUCAGUAAUACUAGAGCCCAAUUUAGUCUCACUUCUAGAAGUGUGCACUAGUUCCUUUAAUCCAUGAGGGGAGUAAACACUGAUUACACAACUCUGCAAUGAUUUAGGAACAUGGGAUAAAUUUGGUUUGCUGUAAAUUUCCUGAAUUGGAAGGUUUGUAUAUUUGACAAAAAGCCAACAUGACUGCCACCUUUAGUUUGUCAGUGGUCACACCUUGUUUUAAAAGAAAAGGAAUGUCCACUCACUUUUACAACAUUUCCACUCAGGGAUUGCUAAAACCCAAUUGGGCCCCUAAGCACUUGGAGCCAAGAGGAUUUGACAGCUGUAAGCAAUAUUCACCACCUUGCCAUCUAAGCUACCAGUAUGUGGAAGUCUCACCAUGUUGCUUACACUAUUAAAACCCACAAGUGCCUAUGGGUCCAUACCUACUAAUGACAAUUCAGUCACCAGAUGGGUCAAAGUAAAACAAAGAAUGCCAAGGCAUGCAUGUAUAGAACAUUAGGUGGACAUUUAGAAAAACAUGUUCUGGGGGGAGAAAUCCACUGAAGGACAUGACGGAUUGAGGCAAAGUCAAACAUGUAAACUUUUAUUUCAUCAUGCAACUCAAACAAGCAUCUCAGAAAACUUGAUCAGAGUAAGGAGAGAACCAUUAGAAGAAAAAUCAUUCAAAUCACAAC